AUGGAGAAACGCGAUAACGACAAAGUGGAACCUAGUGAGAGAAGCUUGAACUCACAGUUCUAUGUCCUUACGUUUUCUUGGGAACUGGGCCUUCGUGCAUUUAUAGCAGUGAGGUGGUUGACUUGGAGAAUCCCAAGAGAUCAAAAAGCAAGAAAAGAAACUAUUGGAGGGAAUGGAAAUGCGGAGGAAGAAAGUGGGUUUGGAAGUGGACGGCAAUGGGCUGCAAUUGAUGGAGAUGGUGCAAUGAAUGGCGCCGGAGUUAGGGUGGCCGGGUUGUCGAAUUUAGUGGUGAUGACGAUAAUGGUUAGAUAG